GCAGAUCCUUCGCGUUCACCCUCGGAGAGAGCCGCGGGGCCGCGGCGCAGAGCGGGCACCCCCUGCCCCCCCGCAGGAGCACACCCGGACACGCUCCGUGCGCCGCUAUUGAGACACGAGCUUAUUUGUGUUGGCUGGGAUUCCUCUCAAAACAAAAGUCAGCCCACAACAACGAACGAGCGGGAGCUUCUUUUGCAAUUAAAAAAAAUAAAAACAAUAAAAAGAAAAGAAAAAGAGGAAAGAAAAAAACAAAACCAAAAAAAAAAAAGAAAAGAAAAGAAAAGAAAAAGAAAAGGAUCAAGGCUCCAACGUGACCCGCUGCCGCCGCUGCCUCUUCACACCUUCCAGCCCCGACGUGCGCAGGGCGAGCGCAGCCGCUCAGAGCAGCGCAGUGCCGCGCAGAGCCGCGCAGAGCCGCCCCGCACCGCUCCGGGAAUUAUCGCCGCUGCCGCCCCGUCCCGCGCUGCCUCUGCGGAGGGAUUUCCAGAGCGCCGAUUUGUGACCUUCCUUGGGAAGCCUCUUCUCUGCCUCCGUUGGGAAUUAAGUUGCUUUUGUUUCAUUUUUUUUUUCAUUUUUAUUAUUAUUAUAUAUUUUUUUUUCCUGGAGAAAAGGAGGAGCACCGUGGAUUGGGCAAGAAAAAGAGUUUAGCAGAUUAAUCUUAAAACUUUUUUUUUUUUUUUUUCCCCUCUUUUCUUUCUUUUCCUUUUGCCAUCCGAAAGAGCUGUCAGCCGCCGCCGGGCUGCACCUAAAGGCGUCGGUAGGGGGAUAACAGUCAGAGACCCUCCUGAAAGCAGGAGACGGGACGGUACCCCCUCCGGCUCUGCGGGGCGGCUGCGGCCCCUCCGUUCUUUCCCCCUCCCCGAGAGACACUCUUCCUUUCCCCCCACGAAGACACAGGGGCAGGAACGCGAGCGCUGCCCCUCCGCCAUGGGAGGCCGCUUCCUGCUGACGCUCGCCCUCCUCUCGGCGCUGCUGUGCCGCUGCCAGGUUGACGGCUCCGGGGUGUUCGAGCUGAAGCUGCAGGAGUUUGUCAACAAGAAGGGGCUGCUCAGCAACCGCAACUGCUGCCGGGGGGGCGGCCCCGGAGGCGCCGGGCUGCAGCAGUGCGACUGCAAGACCUUCUUCCGCGUCUGCCUGAAGCACUACCAGGCCAGCGUCUCCCCCGAGCCGCCCUGCACCUACGGCAGCGCCAUCACCCCCGUCCUCGGCGCCAACUCCUUCAGCGUCCCCGACGGCGCGGGCGGCGCCGACCCCGCCUUCAGCAACCCCAUCCGCUUCCCCUUCGGCUUCACCUGGCCCGGCACCUUCUCGCUCAUCAUCGAGGCUCUGCACACCGACUCCCCCGACGACCUCACCACAGAAAACCCCGAGCGCCUCAUCAGCCGCCUGGCCACCCAGAGGCACCUGGCGGUGGGCGAGGAGUGGUCCCAGGACCUGCACAGCAGCGGCCGCACCGACCUCAAGUACUCCUAUCGCUUUGUGUGUGAUGAGCACUACUACGGGGAAGGCUGCUCUGUCUUCUGCCGGCCCCGUGACGACGCCUUCGGUCACUUCACCUGUGGAGAGCGUGGCGAGAAGGUCUGCAACCCAGGCUGGAAGGGCCAGUACUGCACUGAGCCGAUUUGCUUGCCUGGGUGUGACGAGCAGCACGGCUUCUGCGACAAACCUGGGGAAUGCAAGUGCAGAGUGGGUUGGCAGGGGCGGUACUGUGACGAGUGCAUCCGAUACCCAGGCUGCCUGCACGGUACCUGUCAGCAGCCAUGGCAGUGCAACUGCCAGGAAGGCUGGGGCGGCCUUUUCUGCAACCAGGACCUGAACUACUGCACUCACCACAAGCCAUGCAAGAAUGGUGCCACAUGCACCAACACCGGUCAGGGGAGCUACACUUGUUCUUGCCGACCUGGGUACACAGGCUCCAGCUGCGAGAUUGAAAUCAACGAAUGUGAUGCCAACCCUUGCAAGAAUGGUGGAAGCUGCACGGAUCUCGAGAACAGCUAUUCCUGUACCUGCCCCCCAGGCUUCUAUGGUAAAAACUGUGAGCUGAGUGCAAUGACUUGUGCUGAUGGACCGUGCUUCAAUGGAGGGCGAUGCACUGACAACCCUGAUGGUGGAUACAGCUGCCGCUGCCCACUGGGUUAUUCUGGGUUCAACUGUGAAAAGAAAAUCGAUUACUGCAGUUCCAGCCCUUGUGCUAAUGGAGCCCAGUGCGUUGACCUGGGGAACUCCUACAUAUGCCAGUGCCAGGCUGGCUUCACUGGCAGGCACUGUGACGACAACGUGGACGAUUGCGCCUCCUUCCCCUGCGUCAAUGGAGGGACCUGUCAGGAUGGGGUCAACGACUACUCCUGCACCUGCCCCCCGGGAUACAACGGGAAGAACUGCAGCACGCCGGUGAGCAGAUGCGAGCACAACCCCUGCCACAACGGGGCCACCUGCCACGAGAGAAGCAACCGCUACGUGUGCGAGUGCGCUCGGGGCUACGGCGGCCUCAACUGCCAGUUCCUGCUCCCCGAGCCACCUCAGGGGCCGGUCAUCGUUGACUUCACCGAGAAGUACACAGAGGGCCAGAACAGCCAGUUUCCCUGGAUCGCAGUGUGCGCCGGGAUUAUUCUGGUCCUCAUGCUGCUGCUGGGUUGCGCCGCCAUCGUCGUCUGCGUCAGGCUGAAGGUGCAGAAGAGGCACCACCAGCCCGAGGCCUGCAGGAGUGAAACGGAGACCAUGAACAACCUGGCGAACUGCCAGCGCGAGAAGGACAUCUCCAUCAGCGUCAUCGGUGCCACUCAGAUUAAAAACACAAAUAAGAAAGUAGACUUUCACAGCGAUAACUCCGAUAAAAACGGCUACAAAGUUAGAUACCCAUCAGUGGAUUACAAUUUGGUGCAUGAACUCAAGAAUGAGGACUCUGUGAAAGAGGAGCAUGGCAAAUGCGAAGCCAAGUGUGAAACGUAUGAUUCAGAGGCAGAAGAGAAAAGCGCAGUACAGCUAAAAAGUAGUGACACUUCUGAAAGAAAACGGCCAGAUUCAGUAUAUUCCACUUCAAAGGACACAAAGUACCAGUCGGUGUACGUCAUAUCAGAAGAGAAAGAUGAGUGCAUCAUAGCAACUGAGGUGUAAAACAGACGUGACGUGGCAAAGCUUUUGUUCAGAACAAUUUCAAAGGAGACGUGCCCCAAUGAAUGCUGCUGAAAGAGGAAUGAGAGCUAGAUUCCUUCACUGACUGCUGCUGAGAAACUAAAUUCAGGCUUGAGCUGGUUCUCUACUGAAGUUAGCAAAGUGACUGCAAAAUAAAGAAACAAGGUGGACACCAGGCAAGGGUCUGUGUUCAAGGAUUACUGUUGCACUGCCUUUUAUGAAUUUUAUCAUUGCACUAUGGUCAGUUGCUUUUCUAUAUAUAUUUAAAUGAAUGGACUUAAUUACUACAUAAGAAGCAUGCACUGCCUGAAGUGUAUAUUUUGGAUUCUUAUGAGCCAGUCUUUUCUUGAAUUAGAGACAGAAACACUGCCUUUAUUGUCUUUUUUGAUACUAAAAUGUGUUUUUACUAGGUGAGAAAAAGUGUGUUAUUUUUUUGAAUCUGUAAAAAUAUUUUCAUGAUAAUUGUAAAGCUUGAGUAUUUUGUGAUGUUCAUUUUUUUAUAAUUUAAAUUUUUUGGUAAAUAUGUACAAAGGCACUUCGGGUCUAUGUGACUAUAUUUUUUUGUAUAUAAAUGUAUUUAUGGAAUAUUGUGCAAAUGUUAUUUGAGGUUUUUUUUACCGUUUUGUUAAUGAAGAAAUUCAUUUUUAAAAUAUUUUUCCAAAAUAAAUAUUAUUAAUGAUAA